AUGGCGCGGAUGCGGAUACCCUUUACUUCACUUUUCUUAUCUCUCAUUUUCGUGUUAUCAAUUCUCAACCUUGCACACUGCAAGACCCUUAAGCGUGAUGUUAAGGCUUUGAACGAGAUCAAGGCUUCUUUGGGUUGGAGAGUAGUUUAUGCUUGGGUUGGAGAUGAUCCCUGUGGUGAUGGUGAUCUUCCUCCUUGGUCUGGUGUUACUUGUUCCACUGUCGGUGAUUAUCGUGUUGUAACAGAGCUUGAGGUGUAUGCGGUGUCGAUUGUUGGGCCUUUUCCUACUGCUGUUACCAGCUUGUUGGAUCUUACACGGCUGGAUCUCCAUAAUAACAAGUUGACAGGGCCUAUUCCUCCUCAAAUUGGUCGGUUGAAGCGUCUUAAAAUACUAAAUUUGAGGUGGAACAAACUACAAGAUGCAAUUCCUCCAGAAAUUGGGGAACUUAAAAGUUUGACGCAUUUGUACCUAAGCUUUAAUAAUUUCAAGGGUGAAGUUCCCAAGGAGCUUGCAGAUCUUCCCGACCUUCGCUACCUUUAUCUUCAUGAAAACCGUUUGAUGGGAAGAAUACCUCCAGAAUUGGGCACUCUACAAAACCUUCGCCACUUGGAUGCCGGUAACAAUCAUUUGGUGGGUACCAUAAGGGAACUCAUCCGGUUUGAAGGUUGCUUUCCAUCACUACGCAAUUUAUAUCUAAACAAUAAUUAUUUUACUGGAGGAAUACCUGCACAACUUGCUAACUUAUCCAGUCUUGAAAUCUUGUACCUGUCCCACAACAAAAUGUCAGGAGUUAUACCAUCUAGCGUCGCUCUUAUUCCGAAAUUGACAUACUUGUACUUGGAUCACAAUCAGUUUUCAGGGAGAAUUCCUGAACCCUUUUACAAGCAUCCAUUUUUGAAAGAAAUGUACAUUGAGGGAAACGCGUUCCGGCCUGGUGUCAAUCCCAUUGGCUUGCACAAAGUGCUUGAAGUUUCUGAUUCAGACUUCCUUGUUUAA